CAGACGCGAUGCACGUGGCCAGCGGCGCUGCCUCCAUCUGCUAAACAUUUCACUCGGCGCGCUCGCUGCUCGCUCAUCUCACGGCCGGGUGAAGCCGCAGCGCCGCACAGCCUUGCUCACACGCAGCACUGCAAGCAGCAGCAGCAGUAGCUCCACCAGAAGCAGCAGCAGCAGCAGCAACUCCACUAGAAGCUCCUAGAAGAAGCAGCAGCAGCAGAAGCUCCACUAGAAGCUCCACCAGAAGCAGCAGCAGCAGCAACUCCACUAGAAGCUCCUAGAAGAAGCAGCAGCAGCAGAAGCUCCACUAGAAGCAGCAGCAGCAGUAGCAGCAGCUCCACUAGAAGCUCCCAGCAGCAGCAGCAGUAGCAGCAGCUCCACCAGAAGCUCCUAGAAGCAGCAGCUCCACCAGAAGCAGCAGCAGAAGCAACAGCAGCAGCAGCAGCUCCACUAGAAGCUCCCAGAAGCAGCAGCAGCAGCUCCACUAGCAGCAGCAGCAGCUCCACUAGAAGCAGCAGCAGCUCCACUAGAAGCAGCAGCAGCUCCACUAGAAGCAGCAGCAGCUCCACUAGAAGCAGCAGCAGCUCCACUAGAAGCAGCAGCAGCUCCACUAGAAGCAGCAGCAGCAGCUCCACUAGAAGCAGCAGCAGCAGCUCCACUAGAAGCUCCCAGAAGCAGCAACAGCAGCAGCAGCUCCACUAGGAGCAGCAGCAGCAGUUCCACCAGAAGCUCCCAGAAGCAGCAGCAGCAGCAGUGCCUCAUUGUUCACUCUCCACUCCAUCUCCUCCUCCUCUUGCUCCUCCUCCACCUCUUCUACCUUCGCCACCUCCUCACAGGCCACGCGAUGGCGUCACGAGUGCUGAUGAUGGUGCUGAUGAUGAUGAUGGUGCUGAUGAUGAUGGUCGUGGUGCCACACGUUCAGGCGCAAGUGGCUGGGCCCAACUUUGCGUGUGGAGGGCAUCUGUCCGGCGAGUCGGGAUUUUUCGGGAGUCCGGGGUUCCCCGAGAAAUACCUCCCGGAGCAGGACUGUGAGUGGAGGAUCACGGUUCCAAAAGAUCGAGUCGUCUUCCUCUCUUUUCGAUUCUUUGACCUGGAGAGUGACCCACACUGCAGGUACGACCACCUCUCAGUGUUUUCGGGGGUCGGGGCGGUGUCCGAGGGGGACCCCCCCCCGCAGCUGCUGGGCCGCUUCUGCGGCUCGUUCCGCCCAGGCGCCCUCGUGUCCACGUCGCACGAGCUGGUCGCCAGGUUCCACAGCGACGGCAGCGGGCAGCAGGGGGGGUUCGUGGCGUCCUACACGGCGGGGCAGCCGCACCAAGCAGCCGAGGGCUACUGUGGGGGGCUCUUGGAGAAGGAGGUGGGCUCCUUCAAGACCCCCAACUGGCCUCAGAGCAAGUAUCCUGUCGGCAUCACCUGCUCCUGGCACAUCAAGGCUCCCUCCUCCAAGGUGAUCGAGCUGUCGUUCGGCAAGUUCUCGCUGGAGCGUGACACCUUCUGUCGCUAUGACUACGUCUCCAUUCUCCAUGGCGACGGCGGAGGGAGCAACAGCAGCGCCACCAAGUUCUGCGGGGACACGGUGCCUGAGCCCGUGACCUCGCUGGGGAGGGAGCUGUACGUGCACUUCGUGUCGGACCGCAGCGUGCCGGCCGACGGCUUCAUGGCUGAGUAUCGCUUCCUGGACGUGGGCAGCCGCAAAGGAGACGGAGCGCUCCAGCCCACCACGGCAGCCGCCCAGAUACCCGCAGCCACUGUCGCGCCCACCCCUGAGCCCUGCGAGUUGCCCUGCAAGCGUCAGGGCAACCUGGAGACCAACUACUGCGCCAGCAAAUUCGCGAUGGCGGCGAAGGUGACGAGUGCAGGGCGUCGCCGCGGCCGCUCGGCGCUGGAGUUCGACGUGGCCGUGCUCGCGUCGUUCCGCGCCGAGGGCCUCGCCGUGGAGCAGGCCGGGCGCGCCGCCACCGCGCGGCUCCUCGUCGCCUGCUCCCGCUGCCCCAAGAUCAAGACCGGCCGCAGCUACAUCCUGAUGGGCCACGUGGACGCCGAGGGCCGGGCCGUGGUGGUGCCCUCGAGUUUCGUGGUCAACUACAAACCGACCCUCCGCUCGGCGCUCAGCAACAUCAAGAACCGCAACCCCUGCUGAGAGGGCGGGGGGGCUG